UUUUGUUUAUUUUUGUACAAUUCUGUGUUAAAUAUUAUAAUUAAACGAAACAAUUAAUUUAAAGUUAUCAACAAACAAUGCACGCACAUGUCCCACUUACUGUGCUGCUGCUAACGGCACUAUUAAUUCACGAUGGUGCUGCAAUUUGGUGUUAUCGCUGCACUUCCGCCACGCCCGGCUGCGCCGACAACUUCAACUGGCGCGGCAUCGGCUUCCUGGGCGAACAGUGUCCCGAGAGCAACGACAUUUGCGUGAAAGUGACCGAGCGACGCGGCGCCAAGGAGACCAUAACCCGCGACUGUCUCAGUGCGCUCAGCUUUCGCACAGACAUUCCCGCUGACAAGUACGAAGGCUGUCGGCCGGCAGCAAAGGAUUUGCGCCUGGCCCACUACGUCAAUCACACGAUCAAGGAGCACGACGUGAAGCGCGACUACUUCACUGACACAACCUUCUGUUUCUGCUUCCUCGACCAUCGCUGUAAUGGAGCCAGCGGUCUGCAUAUGCCAGCACUGGCCGGAGCAGCUGCCCUCCUCCUGCCGCUGAUGCUGCUGCUGCUCCGCACACUUCAGUCCCACUGAAGAGCACUUAAUCCUAGUA